CUCCGCAGGUGCUCGGGCUGCGGUGCGCAUCCCGGAAGUCAUAGGCCGGCUGGGUCCCGGGACGCAAAUGGCUGAGCCUCCGCCUCCGCCGGUAUACGUGUACAGCGCCGAGUACCUGGCGCGAUGCGACGCCCUCUGCAAAGUGCCCCAGCGGGCCAGCAUGGUUCAUUCCUUGAUCAAAGCCUACUCACUGCUCGAUCACAUGAGGAUAGUCAAGCCCAAGAUGGCAUCCAUGGAGGAGAUGGCAAGCUUCCAUACUGAUGCCUACCUGCAGCAUCUACAGAAAAUCAGUGAGGAGGGUGAUGAGGACCAUCCCGAAUCUGUGGAAUAUGGACUAGGCUACGACUGCCCGGCCUCUGAAGGGAUCUUUGACUAUGCAGCUGCCGUGGGAGGAGCCACCAUCACCGCCGCCCAGUGCCUGGCGGAUGGCAAGUGCAAUGUAGCGAUCAACUGGCCAGGAGGGUGGCAUCAUGCCAAGAAAGAUGAAGCUUCUGGCUUCUGCUACCUGAACGACGCUGUCCUGGGCAUCUUGCAGCUUCGACGGAAGUUUGACCGCGUCCUCUAUGUGGACCUAGAUUUGCAUCACGGGGAUGGCGUUGAAGAUGCCUUCAGUUUCACCUCCAAAGUCAUGACGGUGUCUCUGCACAAGUUUUCACCAGGAUUCUUCCCAGGAACGGGAGACGUGACUGAUGUGGGCCUGGGAAAGGGGCGCUAUUACAGUGUCAACGUGCCCAUCCAGGACGGCAUUCAAGAUGAGAAGUACUACCAGAUCUGUGAGACGGUGCUGAAGGAGGUCUAUGUGGCAUUCCACCCCGAAGCCGUUGUCCUCCAGCUGGGAGCGGACACCAUGGCUGGGGACCCCAUGUGCUCGUUCAACAUGACCCCCGAGGGGGUGGGCAAGUGCCUGAAAUAUGUGCUGCAGUGGCAGCUGCCAACCCUCAUCCUGGGAGGAGGCGGCUACCAUCUUGCCAACACAGCCCGCUGCUGGACGUAUUUGACGGGGAUCAUUCUAGGAAGAACAUUAUCCUCUGAGAUUCCAGAUCAUGAGUUCUUUACAGAAUAUGGUCCUGACUAUGUGCUGGAAAUCACACCAAGCUGCAGACCAGACCGCAAUGAGCCCCAGAUCAUCCAAGAGAUUCUCAGCCGCAUAAAAGGGAACCUGAAGAAUGUGGUGUAGUGGGAAAGACAGCUCCUCAUUCAGCCUCGCCAACCAUCCCCUGGACCAGACCGCACAAGGACAAAGCCAUCGGCUGCCGCCUUCAAGGGAGUCUGAAGGAAAAACUUUGGAGGACUCGAGAAGCUGCAGGCCCUGCGGUCAGUGGAGGCUGAGCCCUUUGACCACUGCCGCAUUGAGGCUGCAAUUCCAUGCCCACUCUUUUCUUUUUUUUUUAAGUAGCUGGUUCUAUAUGUAUAUUUUUAAAGUUGGUGGGGGUGGUGGAGAGGAGGCAUUUUCUUCCUCCAGCGUCAGGGCUGGGUGUUCUGACCUUUCCUCUGCCUUGCGGGGAGGAGCACGGGCUCAGCUCACUCACCUGAUACCAAGUGUGGAGUGCCCUGUACAGCUGAAGGGGGGCUGGAGGAUGUGUGGGCCUUCUACCUGCCUGUGGUACUGGCUGUAGCCACACCGGAGGGAGGGCAAGUUGCUUUUUUAACACUGUUUGCAUUGCCAAUAAAGUAUUUGUUAUAUUUGU